UUUGAGAGAUUCAACAACUUAAAAAACAACAAUCCUCAUCUCAGCACUUUGAUUGCCAUCGGAGGAUGGAACGAGGGAUCGACCAAGUACUCUCAGAUGGCCUCCAAUCCUUCCUCCAGGGCUGAAUUCGUGAAAAGUGUCGUCGAUUUCUGCCUCAAGUACAACUUCGAUGGAUUGGACUUUGAUUGGGAAUAUCCAGCCAAUCGUGGAGGAGCCCCAUCUGACAAACAGAACUUCGUCACUCUACUGAAGGAACUGAAAGAAGCUUUCGCCCCUCACGGUCUAUUGCUGUCAGCUGCUGUUUCUGCUGGUAAGAACACCAUUGACACAGCAUACGACAUUCCAGGAGUCGCCAAAUACAUGGAUUUCAUCAACGUCAUGGCUUACGAUUUACACGGUUCAUGGGAAAGACAAACCGGACACAAUGCUCCACUUUAUGCAAGACCUGAGGAGCCAGCGGGUGACAAAAUCUUGAAUGUGGAUUAUGCCAUAAAUUACUGGAUCAAGAACGGAGCUCCAAGGAGCAAGAUUAUCCUUGGAAUGGGUCUGUACGGUAGAUCCUUCACUCUUGCCGACCAAUCAAAAACCGGACUCGGAAGUCCUACAACUGGACCAGGACAGGCUGGACCAAUGACCAAGGAGCCAGGAAUGCUUGGAUAUAACGAGAUUUGUCUGAAAGUCAAAAGCGGCGAAAUGACAGAAGUCUUCGUUCCUACAGUAGAAGCCCCAUAUGCUUACGCAGGAAGACAAUGGGUUGGAUACGACAACAUCAAAAGCAUAGAUAUAAAGGUUGACUACAUCAUCAAGAACAACCUUGGCGGAGGCAUGGUAUGGUCUCUCGAGACAGACGACUUCAGAGGAAAAUGCCAUGGUGUCAAAUACCCCCUUCUCUCCACAAUCAUGGAUAAGCUGAACGGUGGCGUUAACAGGGUGACACUUCCCCCAGAAGUCUCUACCAAGGGACCCAUCUUGCCCAGUCAGAGACCCACCGAGCCUACUCGCAGGCCCACACAGAAUCCUGGGGGUGGAUUCACGUGCACUGAAGAGGGAUACUUCAGGGAUCCCGAUGACUGCGAGCAAUUCUUCUACUGCGCUCAACAAGGGGACUCCUUCAUGAAGCACACUUACCACUGUGGUGACGGCACCGCUUUUGACGAAGCCACCCAAACGUGUACAUUCAGACAUCUUGUACCAGAGUUAAAAACUAUGGCUGUGGAGUCGGAGUCAAUCUCAUUUUGGGACAAAAGUGUUAGAUUCGGCAGCCGAAGGUUUCUAAUUUCAAGACUCGGAGUUGGAAUUGAAAGAAUGCUUCUCAAGGAGUUGUGCUUCGUGUUGCUGGUUUCAGUAGCUUUAGUUUCAGCUGCUAGCCGAGACCGCAACAACAAGAAGUAUAGAGUGGUUUGUUAUCUGGGUAGCUGGGCUAACUACCGACAUGGUGAUGGAAAAUUCGUUAUUGAAGAUAUUGACCCGAAGAUCUGCACCCACUUGAUCUAUGGAUUCGCUAAGCUCGAAAACAACCAGAUUGCCGUAUUUGACCCUUAUCUCGAUUUGAAGGAAAACUGGGGUCUAUGAGGUUACCAGAGAUUCAACAACUUGAGGAAUUCCAAUCCCAACCUGAGUACUUUGAUAGCCAUCGGAGGUUGGAGCGAGGGAUCCUCCAAGUACUCACAGAUGGCGUCCAACCCUGGAUCGAGGGCCCAGUUUGUUAAAAGUGUCGUGGACUUUUGUCUCAAGCAUAACUUUGACGGACUGGACAUGGAUUGGGAGUAUCCGGCUAACCGCGGAGGAGCUCCAUCAGAUAAACAGAAUUUCGUCACACUCCUCAAGGAAUUGAAAGAAGCUUUCCAACCUCACGGUCUUAUUCUCUCAGCCGCUGUUUCUGCCGGCAGAUCGACUAUUGACACCGCUUACGAUAUUCCUGGAGUAUCAAGAUAUUUGGAUUUCAUCAAUGUUAUGGCCUACGAUCUUCACGGAUCUUGGGAGAGACAAGCUAAUCACAACGCACCGCUUUAUGCCAGACCAGAGGAUGGAGACAAAAACUUGAAUGUGGAUUCUGCCAUCCAGUACUGGAUCAACAAAGGUGCCCCGAGGAACAAGGUUGUCCUGGGCAUGGGCUCUUAUGGAAGAUCUUUCACUCUGGCCGACGGUAAUAGGAAUGGAAUCGGAAGCCCAACCACCGGACCCGGAAAUGCAGGGCCCAUCACCAAGGAACCUGGGAUGCUCGGGUAUAACGAGAUUUGCCUCAAUGUGAAGAAUGGAUGGAGAGAAGUGUUUGCACCCCAUGUUGAAGCCCCCUAUGCUUUCCAAGGUAACCAGUGGGUUGGAUAUGACAACUUAAGAAGUGUUGAAAUCAAAUCUGAUUACAUUACAAAGAACAACCUUGGUGGUACCAUGAUAUGGUCUCUCGAUACCGAAGAUUUCAGAGGUAAAUGUCACGGAAAGAAAUAUCCACUUGUGUCCAGAAUCAUGUUCAAGUUGAAUGGGGUUUCAAAAUUUGUGUUCUUACUGUUAAAACAAAAUCGUGGAUGUAGUGCCACAAUAUCUUCAUCGAAGCAAGAAAUCAUCUUCAGUAUUAAAACAAGGAAAACUAUGCUUGUCAAGGAAUUGUGCUUCGUGCUGUUAUUGUCAGCAGCUUUAGUGUCAGCUGCCACUCGAGACCGCAACAACAAGAAGUAUAGAGUGGUCUGUUAUUUCGGUAGCUGGGCAAACUACCGACCUGGUGAUGGGAAAUUCGUCGUUGAAGAUAUUGACCCGAGGCUCUGCACCCACUUGAUCUAUGGAUUCGCGAAACUGGAAAACAACAGGAUUGCCGUAUUUGAUCCCUACCUGGACUUGAAGGAGAACUGGGGUCUGGGGGCUUAUGAGAGAUUCAACAACCUGAGGAACUCCAAUCCCAACCUGAGUACUUUGAUAGCCAUUGGAGGAUGGAACGAGGCAUCUUCUAAGUACUCACAGAUGGCGUCCAACCCUGGAUCUAGGGCCGAGUUCGUGAGAAGUGCUGUGGACUUCUGUCGUCAGCAUAAUUUUGAUGGAUUGGACGUGGACUGGGAAUAUCCAGCCAAUCGGGGAGGAGCUCCCGCUGACAAACAUAAUUUCGUCGCCCUUCUUAGGGAGCUGAAAGAAGCUUUCCAACCUCACGGCCUUAUCCUCUCAGCUGCUGUUGCUGCAGGUAGACCGACCAUUGACAGCGCUUACGACGUCUGGGAAAUGUCUAAAUAUUUGGAUUUCAUUAACGUCAUGACUUACGAUUUUCACGGGGCUUGGGAGGGACAGACAGGCCACAAUGCCCCUCUUUAUGCUAGACCAGACGAGGGAGACAAAACCUUGAAUGUGGAAUCUGCCAUCCAGUACUGGAUCCUCAGAGGGGCCCCGAGAGACAAACUAGUCUUGGGCGUGGGUUCUUAUGGAAGAUCCUUCACUCUGAUUGACGGUAAUAGGAAUGGAAUCGGAAGCCCAACCUCCGGACCAGGAAAUGCAGGGCCCAUCACUAGGGAGCCUGGAAUGCUCGGGUACAACGAGAUUUGUCUCAAUGUUAGGAACGGUUGGCAAGAAGUGUUUUCGCCAGAAGUUGCCCCCUACGCUUUUCAGGGUAACCAAUGGGUAGGAUACGACACUGUUAGAAGUACUGAAAUCAAGGCAGAAUAUAUAACGCAGAACAAUCUUGGAGGUGCCAUGAUAUGGUCGCUGGACACUGACGAUUUCAGAGGUAAAUGCCAUGGCAAUAAGUAUCCCCUUCUGACCAAACUCUCUGAGCUGAACAGAUACUUUAAAAGACGUGUUGGCUCCGAUUCCUCAGCGUUGCUGGAAAUCAGAAGCAGAAAAAUGAUGCUAAAAGAGAUUUGCUUGGUAGUGCUUUUAUCACUAGCUUUAGCUGCAGCCCAGAGCAGAGACCGCAAUAAGCACAAAUAUAAAGUAGUUUGUUACCUUGGAAGCUGGGCUAACUACCGCCAAGGAGAUGCCAAGUUUCUCAUAGAGCACAUCGAUGCCCAUCUCUGCACACAUCUGAUUUAUGGCUUCGCCAAACUCGCCAACAACAAGAUCGCCGUCUACGAUCCAUACCUGGAUCUUACAGACAACUGGGGACUAGGUGCAUUUAGUCGAUUCAACAAUUUAAAAAAACUAAAUCCCAAUCUGAGCACAUUGAUUGCUAUUGGCGGAUGGAACGAGGGUUCCACCAAGUACUCUCAGAUGGCGGCAAAUGCUGCAUCUAGAGCAGAAUUCAUAAAAAGUGUUAUUGAAUUCUGUCAGAAGUACGAUUUUGAGGAUUGGGAGUAUCCAGCUAAUCGUGGUGGAGUGCCAGCAGAUAAACAGAACUUCGUCACUCUUUUGAAGGAACUGAAAGAAGCCUUUGCACCUCACGGACUCAUCCUCUCUGCAGCAGUCGCCGCAGGAAAGUCAACGAUGGACACUGCCUAUGAUAUCGCAGGGGUCGCUAAGUACUUGGACUUCAUUAACGUCAUGGCUUACGAUUUACAUGGCUCAUGGGAGAAGCAGGCAGGGCACAAUGCACCACUCUACGCCAGACCAGAAGAAUCGGAAAAUGAAAAAACUUUGAAUGUCGUAAGUUGUCCUGCAAUAUUUUAUCUGGAUUAG